GGGAAAAAAGUAACUUAUCUGCAUCAUAAGACUUGGAAUAUAUCAAAUGGACACUGUGUGUGGUUAGACAACCCCUUAAAAUAGCAACUUUUAUAUUUUUUCUGUACUUCUUUGUAUAUAGUUCUUCCCCUAUUUACAGAAUCACUCACAUUGUCCUCCUGAGAAGAUUGUUUAAACCAAAGAGUGAAGAAAAAAAACCCCUGAAACAAUGUUUAGAUUUUCUUUAACUUCCAUAGUAGACCCCUGAGAGUCCAGACCAUGAAAGAACCUGAACAUAGAAUUUAUGGAAUUCUGUGAAUUAAAAAGGUAAUAGAGGAAAAAAAUAGAGGGAAGUUUACUUUUCCCAUUUCCAUAGAAACUGCAAAAUAGCCCCCCUGCUGGGAAGUAAAGGGGAAGAGAAAUUUGGCAUAACUUUGGUAGAAAUCUGAAAGAGGAACAGAACUGGGGGACCCACAGGAAGUGUGUGGUCACACCAACACAGGUCUCUGCGUGGGACCUAUCACACCUCUGAGCUCAUGUCGGGGGCUGGUGUCUUCCAAAAGCUCAAGGAAGGGAGAGCUGGAAGUAACCAUUUCUUGAAGGUGCUGGUUCAUUCAAAUGACAUACUUUAUGAUCAAGGGCUACCUAAAUUAUUGGAUUAUUUUUAUGUGUAGGGGGGUGUGGGGAAGGUUUGAAACUGCCAAUUCUACAGGAUCUCUUUAAAGAAUAUGAGGCAAGUACAGACUACCAAAUGGUCUCUGCUACCAUCUCCACAUCUUGUUUCUUUAUUAAUAAGGAGCUAGGCCUUUCUAUUUCCAUUCCAUUGAUGAUACAGGCAACUUGUCAAUUACUCUAACAUUCCUGGCUUCCUUAAUGAACUGACAGCUGUUUGCCAGGCAAUGUGAGACAGUCCUGCUUCAGUCUGAGUUCUUGAGGCAGUCUGCAAAAUGACAAAGAAAGAUCCUCCUGCUGUUUUGAGCCUGUUGGGGAGCAGUGGGACCUGACUGAGGAAGGUGUUCAGAUGGUGGUGACAUUGUCCUUAUACUUGCUGGUCUCCAAGAUCCUUAUGUCCUACCCCAGUGUUCUCUGUUUGAGAUUGUUGCUCCUCUGUCACACCUUAUCAGAAAUCGUCACUCUUUUUUGCUGCAACCUGUCUUGCCACCAGCGGUAUAGAAAGCAGUGGACCCUGAUGAAAAUAAGUUGAUUGUAGAGAAGUGGAUGAAUCUGGGGCAUGUGUCCUGGAGUCAGAUUAAACAGCAUUUGUGUGUGUGUGUGUGUGUGUGUGUGUGUGUGUAUUUCAACAUACAGAAACUGACUAAAUUUUUCUUUAAAAAAGUCCACUCAAAAAUCUGGCAAGCUGUUAGCUUUUCUUUUCUCUGACUUCAGUUCUUUGGCUCCAUAUUUUUAUGUGAUUUUACUUCACAAAUUUAAGUGGAUCAGCUUGUGCUCCCUGGAAGAAGGAAGCUGGCACUCUGCCGACUGGGCUGGGCCUUACUAAGUUUCAGUUUCCUUUUCUCUGAGUCACCAAAGCCUCCACAUUGCUGAAGAAUUUUUUGCUCCUAUCGUGUGUCUGCUUAGCUGUCCAGACAGAGCAGCUACGCUCCACUUCAGUCCUUGUACAGAUUCUACAAACAGAUCGAGAAGUAUGGCGGUGAGAACUCGUUUGACAUGGAUGCAAGAAAAGAAUCUGCAAACUUAUUUUGGAGGAAAACAGUUUACCCUUCUCUAUAAAGCUAGUGUUCAUGAAUUCUCUGCAUAUGAUUUGUUUAGGAGAUGCUAUGAUCAAGGGCCGAUUGUGGUGGUGAUUUAUAAGGAACACUAUGUUGUCGGGGCAUAUAUGAAAACAAGUUGCAAGAAAGAGGAGAAAAUUCCCAUCGUCCUUUUUGCUCUUGAAGAGAAUACAAUUUCAGAAUGCAAAAUAAGCUCAUAUGUACCAACUGAAUUGUUUUAUGAUGGUAGUGGAAGAAGGAAUGACUUAGAAUUCCACAUAAAUAUGAGGAAACAAGUGAUGACUCUGAACUUAGAUACAAGUGAAAAACUUCGAUUACCUCAUAUGCAAGCUUCUCCCUUUCAGGAAUGUGAAGUUUUUCGAUGUGAAGAUUUGUUGGACAGAAGGACUCUGGAAGGAAUUAAUGAGCUCCACAAGAGCUUAUUGUCAACCGUGAACACUUACAAACCACAUAAAAACCUCGUUCCCCAAGUGCGAAUUCUGCUGCUGGGUCCGACUAGAGCUGGGAAGUCUAGCUUUUUCAACUCAGUGAAGUCUGUUUUCCGAGGCCAUGUCACACACCAGGCUCUGGUGGGCUCUGAAGCAACUGGGGUUUCUGACACGUACAGGACAUAUUCCAUUAAGGAUACGGUGGAUGGCAACUUCCUGCCUUUUAUUCUGUGUGACACAAUGGGCCUGCAUGAGAGAGGAAAAGGGCUGUGUGUGGAUGACAUAGCUUACAUCUUGAAAGGCCACAUUUCUGACAGAUACCAGUUUAACUCCAUGAAACCAAUCACACCAAGUCAUUGUAACUAUAUUCACUACCCGUUGCUGAAGGACAGAAUUCAUUGUGCGGCAUUUGUGCUUGAUGUCAACUCUGUUAAAUACAUCUCUCAUGAGAUGAUAGCAAAGAUCAAAGAAAUUCGAAGGCAAUUGAUAAAGUGUGGUAUGCCACAUGUGGUUUUGCUCACUCAUGUGGAUAGCAUGCAGCUGAUUACAAAAGGUGACCUUACAGACAUAUACAGAUGUAUUCCUGUGAAGCACAAGUUAGAGGCAGUCCACAAAAAACUUGGAUUUGCUCUUUCUGAUAUGUUGGUGGUUAGUAAUUAUACCUCAGAGUGGGAGUUGGACCCUAUAAAAGAUGUUUUGAUCCUCUCUGCGCUGAGACAUAUGCUGUGGAUUUCAGAUGACUUCUUAGAAGAUUUGACCGCUCGAGGAAACAAGAAUUUAGUGGUGUAAACACUUGAAGAGAUUGGAGAAAAGGAAUUAUCAAGUAUGUAAAAGGAGGAAACAAAUACGUGAACCCUUCACAUACUAGUAAUUUUUAUCUCAUCAUUGAAGAGUGAAAAUUGAGAAAUAAGAAAAUACAGGAAAAAGAGAAAUAGAUGAAACAGAAGGGUCAUGUUUUAUUUAUGUCUGGGAUGAAGAUGCCCUACAAAAUCGUAAUACCUGCCAAUAACUAGGAGCAGCAAGAUUUAAAGCCAUUAAUUGUAAAAAAAAAAAAAUUGUGAUUUCUUUUGGAUUUAUUUUCUGUAUCUGUGGAAAAUGGAAGUUUCUUCUUGUAAAACUUGAGUUUAACUUCAGUGUGCGUGUGUGUGACUUUGGAAAAGUUUAUUUUAAUAUAACUUGUCAGCAUGUUCUCAUCCUCACCCACAUCGUCUUAUUUUGCCUUCUUAUUUUUAUUUCUAAAGUAUUUGAGUGCUCCCUUCAGAAGCACAUAUACUAAAGUAUUUGAGCUUCUCUUUGGGUCUCCAGUUAAUGUAUUCUUUCCCCUACAGAUAUUUGUUUGUUUGUUUGUUUGUUUAAUAUCUGAAACUGUCUUCCAGGAUGUGACUAUUAAUAUUAGUAAGAGUUCUGGAGGAUUAAGACUAACAAGGACUAUAUUUGAUUGUCAAUUACAACUAUUUUAGCUACAAGUGACAAAACUCAACCUGAAUUACAUGAAUAAAAAAUAAUCAAACCAUAGAAAAGGCUGGGGUUGAACCAAACUGCCUCAGAAAUGGUUGAGUCUAGGGAUUCAAAAGGUAUUCUCUCUCUCUCUUUCACUCUCUCUCACACACACAAGUGCACACACAUGUGUAUGCACACACACACAGAUAUACACCCUCUGCUUCAUUCUUUGUGCUUAUUGCUGUCAUUCUUUCAGGUUAGCAUUCUUGAUAAAUCUUAAACCACCUGAAUCCAGGUUUCAAAUUGGCAUUCACUUAGCCUCAUGACCCGAAAAGGAAGAGGAUUUUCUUUUCCCGUGUCAUUGUGAAAUACUCCAAAAAAGGACUGCAAUCGAUCUAGCUCAAAUCGUAUAUUUGACCUCUGGGAACAAUCACUUCUCUUUUCCAGAAGAAAAUUAAGUCAUAAUUGCCCAGGAAGAGUGAUAUAUUAUUAGAAGAAGGGAGUAUGGAGCGCCUGGGUGGCUCAGUUGGUUGAGGGUUCGACUUUGGCUCAAGUCAUGAUCUCGCAGUUGGUGAGUUUGAGCCCCGCGUCUGGCUCUGUGCUGACAGCUCAGAGCCUGGAGCCUGCUUCAGAUUCUGUGUCUCACUCUCUCUCUGCCCCUCUCCUGCUCAUGCUCUGUCUCUCUCUGUCUCAAAAAUAAAUAAAACAUUAAAAAAAUU